AUGACGGACGCUUUAGCCUCACAGCUAAAUAAAACCUCGUUAAACGACGGUGCGGACGAGAGCAAUUGGAAAGACUCACUCAAAAUUCCCAACAAGGAUACAAGACAACAGACGGAAGAUGUCACGGCCACCAAGGGUCUCGAUUUCGAAGACUUCUAUAUCAAGCGCGAACUAAUGAUGGGCAUCUUCGAAGCCGGAUUCGAAAAGCCCUCUCCUAUUCAAGAAGAAACAAUCCCAGUUGCCCUGACCGGUCGAGACAUCUUAGCACGAGCGAAGAACGGCACCGGGAAAACCGCAGCCUUUGUCAUUCCUACCCUCGAGAGAAUCAACCCUAAAAACCCUAAGACGCAGGCGCUCCUGCUUGUCCCAACUCGAGAACUGGCCCUGCAGACGUCCCAAGUUUGCAAACUACUCGGCAAGCAUCUGGGGAUCAACGUCAUGGUCACCACUGGUGGUACUGGUCUGAAAGAUGAUAUUAUCCGGCUGGGAGAGACGGUGCACAUCAUCGUCGGCACGCCUGGCAGAAUCCUCGAUCUUGCCAGCAAAGGUGUUGCAGACCUAUCAGAAUGUCCCAUCUUUGUCAUGGACGAGGCUGACAAGCUCUUGUCGCCCGAGUUCACCGUUGUUAUCGAACAACUGCUCGCUUUCCUUCCCAAAGAUCGACAGGUUAUGCUUUUCAGCGCAACAUUCCCCAUGAUGGUCAAGACGUUCAAAGACAAACAUAUGCGCAAUCCCUACGAGAUCAACCUCAUGGAUGAAUUGACGCUUCGCGGUAUCACCCAGUACUACGCUUUCGUCGAAGAGAAACAGAAGGUGCACUGCCUGAACACCCUGUUCUCCAAGUUACAGAUCAACCAGUCGAUCAUCUUCUGUAAUUCCACCAAUCGUGUCGAACUUCUCGCCAAGAAGAUCACCGAACUGGGAUAUUCAUGCUUCUACUCCCAUGCCAAGAUGUUGCAACAGAACCGAAACAAGGUCUUCCACGAUUUCCGUGCUGGCGUCUGCCGAAAUUUGGUCUGUUCAGAUCUUCUCACUCGUGGUAUCGAUAUUCAGGCUGUCAACGUGGUGAUCAACUUCGACUUCCCCAAGAAUGCCGAGACGUAUCUCCACCGAAUUGGUCGUUCCGGUCGUUUUGGACAUCUUGGUCUGGCCAUCAACCUGAUCAAUUGGGAUGACCGCUUCAACUUGUACAAGAUCGAACAAGAGCUAGGUACAGAGAUUCAACCAAUUCCGCCAUCUAUCGACAAGAGUCUGUACGUAUAUGACAGCCCGGAGAACAUUCCUCGACCGAUGCCCCCUCCGGCUCCUGCAUCCAAGGCCAAUAAUGCUCCUAUGGUGUCAGCAAAUGCUUCUGUCGGGCCUAAUUCGAAUGGUCAAGGUCAAGGUCGACGACAGUACAAUCAAUCCAAUGGAUACGGACAACAGUACAACAAUCAAGGACGGGGUGGGUAUAGGGGCCGCGGCCGCGGUCAGGGCGGCCGUGGCCGUGGUGGCUAUGCUCAACAGGCAGCAGCCCCUGUCGGUCAAACUGCACAAUAG